AGGUCAUAUAAAUCUGAGUUCAGUGGAAAACCAAAGCCAGAUGGUGUGAGAGAAAAAAGUCUGUGAGACUUGUGACUCAGAGACUGCUUUUGUCUGGGGCUAAAGAACACAAGAUCACGGGGCAGCAAUGUUUCUUUUGUCAUCUUUUGCUUCCUUUUGAUUUGUUUGACACACAAGCUUUUGUCCACUUCCGUAAAAAGAGAUAAGGAGAGCUUAUAUAUGUAUAUGUAUACCACUCUUGUUUUUCAUCUUGAACUGUAAUUAUUGAGGGAGGAAGCUGUGAGAAUGGAAAUGUUGAAGUCAGAAUCCGAGUCUGAAGACGCCAUUCGCUUCCAAAAAUCUCUACAAGAGCUUAAAGAAUUGCGCUCGCAGCUCCAUUACGCAGCAGAUUACUGUGAGUCGACAUUUGCUAAUUCCACGGAGAAGAAAAUGGUUGUGGAUAACACAAAAGAGUACAUAUGCAAGGCCGCGGUCACUGUUGUUGAUCAUCUGGGAAGCGUUUCAGCCAAUCUUGAUUGCCUAAUUUCAAAGGCCAAGGCAUUUUCUGAGGCCGAGCUUCGAAUUGAUACUCUCAGACAAAGAGUUCUGUCAUGUGAACAAUAUGCUCACAAGCUUGCUCUUACUAAAGUAAAAUGGAAUCCGACUUUACCAAGCUAUCACCGUCGCUACUUAUCCACAUCAAUCAGAGCUGUUGAGAGGUCGAACGAAGACUUCAGGGACUUUGAUCAGAAAGUUUUGGACAAAUACGCUCAAAUAUCAACUUCAUCGGCUGAUAAAAAGGAAUCUGGCUCUGUUGCAGCAGUGUUGCCUGUUGGAGAUGGCAUCUCAAUACUCUCAUCAAGAGGUCCAAACCCUACAUUCCAUUUUCAGCUGGGUACUGAUAAACACCGACGCAACGCCUUAUUAAGGAGAUCGCUGCAUGGUUCAGAAAUCUUGUCACUCAUUAGAAGGACUAAACGAACGACAUGAUAAAAAAUUUUGGCAUGUAUUUUCUUUUAUUUGAUUGCUGUCUGUGGAAACUUCCCUUUGUGAAAAUGUUAGUAUUGUUCUUUCAUUAUUA